CCCCCACGAGGCUUAGUACUUGGUGAACCGUUCGCGGGAAGGCCACGUAUCACGCGAAUCAAAUCGUUGUUGCGCGAUCGUUGUUGCGAGAUCGUUGCGUCGAAGGGAAGGGUUGAACCGUGGCCUAGGUCAGAGAGUGCUCGAGAGAAGAGACACUUGUUGACAUGCGUCCUUUCUUCUCCGUCCUCCUCGUCCUUCUCUCCUCCGAUCUGUGGAAAUCAGCUGCGAACAAGAAUGGGGGUCUCGAGUCAACAAGCACGGAACCAUCCUCGGCUCCUCGAUCGAUAAACGAUUCAACGAGUUACGAACAAUUCCGUAACGAUUCCGAAUCGGUAGAAAGUUUGCUCGUUCCCGAGGAUCCGGAACGGUACAAACAGAUCGUGGAAUUGGUGCGGAAAUUGUUCGAACGUGUUGGCCAAUCGAUCGGCAGCAAGAAGAUUCUAAACGGCGAUUCUAAAGGAGGCGUUGAUAAUAAGAUCGAUCGAUUUUCGAGGGUGGCGGAGACGAGGAAUUCGAGGCCGUCGGAUGGAAAGGGAAAGGACGAGGAAAAAUAUUUAUUGCAAAGGAAUCCCGAGGGUGGCGGAGUUUCGGCGGGGAAGGAGAGGAGGAACAAUUAUCAGAAAAUCGAGCCCGACGAGCACGAUUUAUUAGAGGCGGUCAAUUUUGGCCUCGACGCCAUGAACGAGUUGUACACCGUCAAGGAACCGAUGCUUUACUCGAUGGGCCUUUAUCUCGACUCGGACAAUCCUGCAAGGCACGUGGCAAUUUUUAACGACCAAACGGAGGAGGCAAGAAUGCUCGCCAAGUACGGUUACGCUGUUCUCCAGGGCGCCACGUUGUUCAAAAGAAAAUUCCCCAACACGCCCACGGACACCCUUCUGUCUCUACGCCGGAGUCAAAGCGAUCCACUCCGACGUAGCUGCCCGAACAGAGGAGUUCCAGACUGUCCAGCGGCUAGUUUGAGGUACAGAACGUCCGAUGGAAGCUGUAACAACCUGAAGCAUCUCUGGUGGGGCUCUGCCAUGUCCACGAUGGAAAGAUUCUUGCCACCGGUUUACGGGGAUGGAAUUCAGAGUAUCAGGAGAUCGAUAACCGGAGGGCCGCUUCCCAGCCCGAGACUGAUAAGCGCAAUAAUUCACAAGGACAAAGAUGUUCCUUUGGAGUCUGUCACUCAUAUGCUGAUGCAGUGGGGGCAGUUUAUCGACCACGACUUGACAGCCACCGGACAAAGCAGAGGAUUUAACGGCAGCGUACCACAGUGUUGCCUGAAAUCUGGCUUAGGCUUCCAACCGCCGGAAUUUAUGCAUCCAGAGUGUUUACCGAUACCGGUCAGCCCGCAAGACCAUUUCUUCGGCCCUCUGGGUAUCAGGUGUUUGGAAUUCGCUCGGAGCGGUCCAGCGCCCAAAGAAGGCUGCGAGUUCGGGCCCAGAGAGCAAUUGACGCAAGUGACGAGCUACCUGGACGCCUCCAUGGUGUACAGCAGCCACCCACUCGUGACAGACUCUUUAAGAUUAUUUCGAAAUGGUCUGUUGCAGUACGGAAAGAUUCAGUCGCACAGGCCUGUGCUGGCCAAAAUGGAUCCCGACAUCUGCAGGCGCGGAUCGUUAUCCACGAGCUGCUUCAAAGCAGGCGACGGCCGGCUUGUCGAGCAACCCGCCCUCACUUCCCUCCACGUCGUUUUUCUGAGGCUGCACAAUAGGAUAGCGACGAAACUCGCCGCGUUGAACGCUCAUUGGAGCGACGAGAAACUGUUUCAAGAGUCCCGGAGAAUCGUCGUAGCCAUUGUCCAGCACAUCACCUACAGAGAAUUUCUGCCCAUUGUCCUUGGUCAGGACGUGAUGAGGAUAUUCGGCCUCGAACUGGUGAGCAAAGGAUAUUACGAGGGCUACGAUCCAAACGUGAACCCGACCGUCGCGAAUGCGUUCUCCACGGCCGCCUAUCGCUUCGGCCAUUCCCUGGUCCAGCCCAGCUUCGUCCGUUUCGACAGCGAGCAUCGGCCUAUUUUCAACAACGUCUCGAUUCACGACGAGCUGGCCAAUCUCGGCGAUUUGGAGACAGCUGGAUCCGUGGAUCGCCUUCUUCUCGGCCUGAUCAAUCAACCGGCCCAAAGAAGGGACGAGCACAUAAGCGAGGAAUUGACCAAUCACCUGUUCCAAACCUCGAGCUUUCCCUUCGGGAUGGAUCUGGCUUCGAUCAACAUCCAACGGGGAAGAGAUCACGGUAUUCCUCCCUACGUCCAUUGGAGAGAGCCCUGCGCCCUGUCCCCCAUAAGAGACUUCGACGACUUGGACAAAGCUAUCCCGCCGUCCACCGCGGCCAGGUUCAGAUCGGUCUAUUCGUCGGUGGAGGAUAUCGAUUUAUUCACCGGCGGGAUUGCGGAGAAAUCGGUGAAGGGCGGUUUGGUGGGACCCACGUUCGCCUGUAUAAUCGGUCAACAGUUUAACAACCUUCGUCGAGGCGAUAGAUUCUGGUACGAGAAUUCCGGAAAGGAGAACGGUUUCACGGUUGAACAGCUUCGACAAAUCAGACGCGUCACCCUGUCCCAGGUGCUCUGCAUCACGAUGGACGAUAUCGAGACCGUUCAACCGUUCGUGUUCUUGACCCGGGACACCUUGAAGAAUCAACCCGUGCCCUGCAACGAUUCCCUUCUUCACCGAUUGAACUUGGAAUUUUGGGCGGAGAGCGGCCACGUGGAGGAUCCUCCCUUUAGAAAAAGGGGGAUACUGGAUAGCAUAAAGAAGAAAAUCACCGGUGUAACCCAGAAGGAGAGCGUUGCCACGUCGACCGCGAGAAGCGUUCCUCAGCAAGGUAGCGCGAUAGCGCCGCACAACAACUUGAAUCCGCCGAAGGCGAGCAUCCAUCAGCAGAACAGGAUCGUGGUGAAGAAACCAUUGCACCCGUCCGACAAUCUCACCAUAGUGGUGCAAAAUAACGCCAUCAAUUCCCCCGUGUUCGUGAACGACGCCAUUUACGGGUCCGACAUAAGGGUGAAUCCUUCCCUCAAUCAACAAACUCAACAGAAAGAGACGCCGCAGAUGGACCUCCCCCACGGAUUGCUGCACAUCCCCGUCUACGUGCCCCCGCCGAGGCCCAUACCCACGGUCCACCCUUUGGCCGACUUUCACGCGGAUCGCCCUUACGUCCCCUACGCUUUCCACGAUCCCAACAACCCGAAUCCAUCGAUCCACAGACACAGGCCAACUUACACCGCGGCCGAGGACGUGGUGUUCGACACUUUCCCCGACGGAACCAGCCCCAGGCCGACUCUGUACACGUAUUACACCAAUUUCCUGAAGCCGGCCGGCACGCGAACGCCCAUUCAGAACAUUUACGUCGCGCCGUGGAAUCGCGAAUCCCAGCACCAAGAUCGUGGCUCGCAGCUUUAUCAAUCGUCCGCGCCCGUUCGCGCUUCCUCGGAUCAAUUGCACGACGAUCGAUCCGAUAUUUGGCAGAAAUUGUACCAUCGAUCUUCACCUUCGCCCGGAUCUUUCACCAGCCGCCCUUUCGCGAGUGGCGAACGAAAUCAAGCCAAGGAUUCCGAAUACAGAUACACCACGGUGUCCUCGGACCACGUAUACCGUUCGACGCCUCAUCGAUCGAAUGAUCGAGAACCGAUCCAUCAUCACGUCGCGUCGCACGGAUCUGCGGCGAGCUUAAGCGAGAAGGGAAGCGCUGGCCUCGAUCCUAAUUCGAGCUCCUCCGCAACGAACCAUCGUCCAGAUUCAACCGAGUCUCACAGCUAUAUUUUGAGCUCCUCCGCAACACCUUCUCCAACGAACGAUCGUUUCAAUCGUCCAGAUUCAACCAGGUUUCACAGUUAUCCUUCAAGCUCCUCCGCAACACCUUCCCCAACGAACGAUCGUCCAGGUUCAAUUGAGUCUCACAGCUAUCGUUCGAGCUCCUCCACAACAUCUUCAACGAACGAUCGUUUCAAUCGUCCAGAUUCAACCGAAUUUCAGAGUUAUCCUUCGAGCUCCUCCGCAACGCCUUCUCCAACGAACAAUCGUUUCAAUCAUCCAGAUUCAACCGGGUUUCACAGUUAUCCUUCGAGCUCCUCCGCAGCGCCUUCGCCAAUGAACGAUCAUCCAGAUUCAACCGAGUCUCACAGCUAUUCUUCGAGCUUCUCCGCAGCGCCUUCUCCAAUGAACGAUCGUCCAGAUUCAACCAAGUCUCACAGUUAUCAUUCGAGCUCCUUCACAGCGUCUUCUCCAACGAACGACCGCCUCGAUCAUUCAGAUUCAACCGAGUCUCACAGCUAUCCUUCGAGUUCAACGCCUUCUCCAACGAAUCGCCUCGAUCAUCCAGAUUCAACAGUUGUAGGAUCUCACGAUCGUACGACUAUCCCGUAUUAUUCGGCAUUGAUGCAGAGCGAUCAUCGAACGAGCAACGAGGGGACGAGUUUCCAUCAGAGUUUUGCCACGCGAAAUCCAUCGAAGAAUCACGGUAUGACGGAGGAGGCGACGAGCGAAGCAAUGGGGUAUAAGAUUGAUGAAAUGGAGGAUCGGGUUACGAGCGAAAUUCCGAAACCAUUGACCGUUCGAUCGGAUAAGAACGGAGCGAGGAAGCCUGGUCAGUAUUAUUACGAGAGGAACGUGUUGCGUCGAUAUCCGGAUGACGAGAAGACGGCGGGGGAUCGGGGAGAGGGUUAUAACGGUGGGGAGGCGUCGAUCGAUGAUCGAAUCUUUAUAGGUGGUUCCGUGAGAAACGGCGGCCAGAUUAUCGAUGGAAAUGCGAGCGAUACGAUAAGAACGAUGAAUCGAAGGAGAAACGGAUCGUUGGAUGGUACAACAGGCGAUGACGCGGGCCUUGAUCAAGAGGAGGAGAUUGAAACAGUGGAGCCGAGAUAUAGAACGAGCGAUUGGUCGAAUCCGGAAGAAGACUCGAGCCUGUCGUCCGUUUUCGAGAUGCCAAAAAUCCCGUCGAGCGAAGCCACAGCUGCCAAGGAAUUGCCUAAGCCUAUGACGAGGCUGAAAAACUACGCCUUCUAAAAAAAACUCCCCCUCCCGAUUUCCUCGAUAAUAUUUCUUCUUUUCUUUUUUUUCUUCGCGUCCAUUCACGCCGAUUAGAUGGUAGAAUUAAUUUAAUCUACAACGUGGAUAUAUUUACCAACAUUAGUAUUUAUUACUCGUCUUAGAAAAUAUUCUCACUCACGCGUAGGAUGAUAAUUUAAGUAUCGUGUUUCGAUAAGAUUAUUAGCCGAUAGUGUGCAAGAUACACGGUUAUUUAUAUAUAUAUACAUGCGGAAUAACUCACGCGACGAGCUCGUAUUGCACAAUGAUUGCAUGCGCUAAACCAUUUUCUGAAAGGGUCGGAUGGAAUGUAGCCUAGUUUUAUGCCAAUUUUAAACCGUCUCACCACGCUGCCUGGAACCACUAUUUCCGUACUAUUUUCAGACACGCAGUCCCCCGCGUGUCGUUGCAUCUCAUCUACGUUGCCCAAUCCACGCGGCUUGAUAAUUUUAAUUGCGACAAUUUUAAAACGCGCCUCUCUUCGCCUCCACUCCGAUUAAGCGUUUUUCCAUGUACGACGAAGCGUAUCUCUUGACGACCAAGUUCCGUUCAAUCGAACACGUUGCUUCCUCCCGAUCCAAACGCGAGAAUAAUCCGCGUGCACGCAUGUAACGUUGUCUAUUAGUUGUUUCUUCGACACCUUUCUUUCUCUUUUUCUUUUCUCUCUCUUCUUCGAAAAGAGACUCGUAGAGACGAGGAUAAUUAAACGAGAGAUGACAAAGUUAUCUCGCGCCCAUUUAGAUUAUAUUUAUAUGAUUUCUACGAAGUUGGAGGAAUCAGAAUUGCGUUGCUUCUGGAAAAAGAGUUUUUUGGAAAUCAUUGGCAAAUAAAUUAUUCGAGGAAAAUUCGGUCUUAAACGAAACGCUAGCUUCGAAUUCAACUUGUAAGCUUCGCUUGAAAAGUUCUUACUUACGAGAUAGAGAUACUUUUGUCGAAUCUUAUUUUAGAGGAGUGGCGAAAUUAGAAUUUCUUUUGUCGUUGGCGAAUAAAAUAAAAAUCGCGAUGAAUAAAUUGAAUACAAUAAAAAUUGAAAGUAAUUGGUUUUUUAAUAAAUUUCCAUUUUGUAAACGGAUAUAUAGAAAUUUUAAUUUUUUCCCGCGUAAAAGAUAUGGUAAUUUUCCACGAGGAUAUUUUCGUUUGGAUUUUGUACGGCGGAAAGCAGAUGACUAUUCGGUCCAAGUGGUCGCCAGGCAGUGGUUUUCGGGUCAGCGGAGAACACAGAGGCAACACAGCCGAUCGAAAUGCAGUUUUCGAUGUCACGACCUGAAUCCGAUGUUUUUGCGGUUUGCUAUGUGUUAACCAAACUCGAUGAUGAGAAACGAUGGAAACUACUCGAUUCGAGCGAACCAGUUCGUUCGUCGAGCGAUUCGUCUCGAUCCCGUUUAUUGCAACACCAUAAACGACAAAGCGUUUACGAUUUACGACAAUGAAAAUUGCGCCGUGAAACGGAAAAGAAAAAGAAAAAAAAUUCGCGAGGUGAUGAAUGAAUCGGAAAAAAAUUUUCCAAUUCCAAAUUCCAAUUUUCUUCUUGGAUUAAGAAAAAACGAUACUUUUUCCCGAUGGUAUGUCGCUUCUUUCUUUUCCUUUUCUUUUUCAAGAAGCUAGAAGCCUCGGUUAAACUAGUCCACAAAAGUGGAUCUCUUCGUGAAAGCUUGGUCGAACUGGUAUGGAAUACGAAUAAAAAGAGCGAAUUGUAACCGCAUUCCAUUUACUUUUGAUUCUUCGAUUUUAUGGGAAAUUUUUUCUUUUUUCUAAAUAAAUACGAAACACUUCAUUCCUAUCCCGA